AUGGGCGAAAGUUUCGACCUCGAUUACUGCCUUGGAGAACUGCUCGGCCGCGGUCAGUUCGGCACAGUAUAUCAAUGCGUCUCUGUCUCUACCGGCAAGGGUUUCGCUGUGAAAAUAAUCGACAAGUUCUCCGAUUGCUUCAACCGCCGCUUGGUCUACUCCGAGAUCAAGUUCACGCUCCUCGCGGCUUCCGAGAACCAACACUCGGUCCAAAUCCACCAAGUCUAUGAAGAUUUCACCGCCGUUUAUCUCAUCCUCGAUCUCUGCCCUGGGCUAGAUCUCUUUGACCGCAUUGCUAGCCACGGUGCCUUCUUCGAGAAGAAGGCUGCUGCCCUCAUCACCGAAUUGGUACAAGCAAUAGCAGAAUGCCACCGCCGCGGCAUCGCACACCGCGAUAUAAAACUGGAAAACAUAUUGUUCGGCUCCAAUGGUCGUCUGCUUCUUGCUGAUUUUAGCUGCGCAGCACAUUUCGAGAAGAGAACAAGAACAUUAAAGGGGAAAGUUGGAACUCCUGCUUAUGCUGCUCCGGAAGUAAUGGCCGGCGAAACCUACGAUGAGAAGGUGGAUGUGUGGAGCGCUGGAGUCGUCCUAUACUUGUUGGGUUGGACAUUGUCGUUUAAUGGUGAAACUGUGGAAGAGAUAGUGGCUGCUGUGAAGAAAGGAGAUCCAGUUUGCUUUCCCAAGGAAUUCUUCCCCUGGUUAUCACGUGGAGCCGAAGAUCUGAUAGAACAAAUGCUUGCGAGAGAUCCAGUGAUGAGGCUCUCAGCAGAGCAAGGCAUCCAUGGAUCACGAAAAUGUCAAUGA